AUGGAACCCGACUCACAUGAGGAGAAAACUGAGGGGGAAUUGUUUCAAUCCCAAGCGAUAAAUGUUGAUUUUGAAAGCGAAAAAGAAGCGGAGGAGUUGGGAAUUGAUAGCGUGCUUGACACAGAUGAAAGUUUGCUUGUUGACGACGUCUACAAGCUUGAUAUUAGUGUAUUUAUAGCCGAAACAGAAACACCAGAAGCGGAUGAU